AUGGCAGAGAAUAUUUAUCCAAAUGAAAUAGAAACAACACGAAGAGCAGAGGCUGCAAAGACUGUGGCAGAAGCACCUAUGCACGAGCCCUUGCUUGAGGAGUCGAACAAUCGCUUUGUCAUUUUCCCCAUAGAGCACCACGACAUCUGGGCUCUGUACAAAGACGCAAUGGCUGUGUUCUGGACUGCAGAGGAGGUUGAUUUGUCUGGAGACCAGGCAGACUGGGAGAAGCUCACUCCAAACGAAAGACACUUUAUUUCAUACGUAUUGGCAUUCUUUGCUGCAUCCGAUGGAAUUGUCAAUGAAAAUUUAGUCGAAAGAUUUGCCUCCGAAGUCCAAAUAAGCGAGGCGCGGUGCUUCUACGGCUUCCAGAUCAUGAUAGAAAACGUCCAUGCGGAGAUGUACAGUCUGCUGAUCGACACAUACAUAAAAGACACAGCAGAAAAGAACUUCCUCUUCCAGGCAAUGGAGAACAUUCCCGUCAUAAAGAAAAAAGCCGACUGGGCGCUCAGAUGGAUCUCAGACAAAGAGUCCAGCUUUGCAGACAGACUAGUGGCAUUUGCGUGCGUUGAGGGAAUCUUCUUCUCGGGCUCGUUUGCCUCCAUCUUCUGGCUCAAGAAAAGAGGCCUUAUGCCCGGGCUCACAUUCUCCAACGAGCUUAUAAGCAGAGACGAAGGGCUGCACUGCGACUUUGCGUGUCUCCUGCACUCGCACCUGAACAACAAGUGCAAGAACAUCAAGAAAAUAGUGGCAGAGGCUGUGGAAAUAGAGAAAGAGUUCCUGACAGACGCUCUGCCCGUUUCUUUGAUCGGAAUAAACUCAGACUCCAUGUGCCAGUACAUCGAGUUUGUAGCGGACAGGCUGCUUCUGGCCCUGAACGAAGAAAAAAUAUACAACGCACAGAAUCCGUUUGACUUUAUGGAGCUGAUAUCUCUCAGAAGAAAAGCAAACUUCUUUGAAAUGCGCGUUGGCGAGUACAAGAGAGCAGCAGUUGGUCCUCCACAGGCACAGGGCUUUGCCAUGGACGACGACUUCUAA